AUGGCUGUGCCACCUGAGAGCAGGCCCGAGACAUCUCGCUGGGGCAGAUACAGAUACCUUGACUCGAACGCAUGGGGAACCAAAAUUUCAGGUGACAUCCAGCCAGAAACCCUUGCUUCUGAGGUGAGCUCUGGCAGGCUAGUGGAUACAGAAGCAGAUUCCUCCUACAAUUGCUCCCCUUAUUUCAGAUGCAAGUCCCAGGCAAAGCCAACUCUGGAAACUGGUAGUAGUUAUGUUCGCACAACAAGUCAUUCCCCUGAAAAGGUUCUUAAAGGAGAAGAGACAUCUAAUGGGGCACCCCUGUGUGCUGUAUCUUGGAAGAAAGACCUUCCAGCCAGUCUGUAUCCUGAGGGUCUACAAGUGUCACUGGAGACAGAUUUGGGGGGAGCUCAGAUGAACCUUGGUGUAGCCAUGUAUGGGCUGCCAAGGGAAGUGUGCAUGAGAGUCACUUCUCCUCCUGGAGAUAAAGACUUUAGACCAGUCCAGCAGCUUAGUGUUAAAUCUGUAGAAGUCAACAACUCUGAGCCUCAUGAGUCCAGCAAAGAGUCAGAAGAGGUACGUGACUCUAGAUCACAAGCAGCCAGAAGAAUGACUGUGGUGGGCAGCAGCCAGUCCAGCCCUUUCAGAAUUUGGGUUGAAGAAGGCUUUGGUGAAUAUUCUGACACAGACUGUAUGAAUGUGAGCAGAGAAGGAAGAAACAAAUACUCCCACCAAAGCAGCUGGAGGAAUUGGGAAGCUGAUGCCAAUCUCAAAGAGUCUGAAGAACCUGUGGAGAGGAGUGCUGAAGAACCACAGUGCUGUGAAGAAGGGACCCAGACACAGGAAACUGUGUCCAGAGAGGUCUCAGAAAACAGCUUCUGGUCGUUGAAGGUGAAUGAGCAAAGUUUCCAGCACUUGUGUGACAGACAAAUGCUAAGUAGGUGUUUCCAAGCCUGGAGGGGACACAUCCUCUGGAAAAGGGCUGCGGCCAGGCAGCUUUACAGACAGCAACUGCUUCGGAAGGGCCUUGGUUCUUUGCAGCGGGCUGUGCACCAGAGGAAGAUGCAGCUGGAGGUAGCCCAGCAGAGAAAUGCCUCGGCUCUGCUAGCUGUCAGCUUCCACAGGUGGAAGGAAGCUGUGGCAAAACGGAGCAAGAAGCAAGCUCCACAGCCUGAGCCAAUUUCUUAUACCCAAAGUUCAUCAGUGGGUUUUUUUGGAGUAGGAAGAUUAGCAACUAUGACAACCUCAGCUCAGCACCAGCUUACAGUAGGAUACUCAAAAGACGCUGAGCAGGCUUGUAGGGUGGAGAGAGGACUGUGGACACAGCUUCAUCGUAGGCAGAGAGGAGAUGAGUUCUGCUGGAGAGCUCAAGCAAUCAGAGAUAUGAGACGGCUAGCUGCUUUCAGACUGUGGCGCCUGCAGAAGGAGCUGCUGAGCAAAGAGGAAGCCAGGCUUUUGGAAGCCCGUGCUCUGCUGGAAAAGAAACAGCUCCGAAACAUUUUCUGGGUAUGGCGUUCCCGGUGCUUGGAAAUGGAAAAGAUUUUAGUGCUGACAACUCAGAUCCAAAAAAACUUGGUCUCUCGGUGCUUCAGUGUAUGGAAGGAGACUGUUGAGCAGAAGGUGCAUUACAGGUGCAACCUGUCCCAUCUCAGAGUAGUAUCACUGAGGAAGUACUUCCAGCAGUGGGUUCAGAUGCUGCAGGUCAGAGAAGGCGAUAAGCAGGCAAUGGUGAACUUCUUUCUCCUACGAUGGAGGCAGCAUUAUGUACCAGUUACAAGCUCUGUAGCUGACAAGACUGCAACAAAAAGGCAUGAAGAUCAGUCAUUGUGGACUGUAGAGGGAUGGUUUCCUGACAGAACAGGCUACUCUCUUGAUGACUUCUGCCAAAAGGUGAAGCUCCAGAGAAUAUAUCUGCUGUGGAAAGCAAGGCUGUGCGAGCAACACAGAGCUGGUUCUUUCUCUCAGGCUUUGGAGCAGUGUAAACUCAAAAAAGCUCUGAAAUUAUGGCACCAAAAGUGUCUCAUGCUGAAGGCAAUUGAACAAAGUCCUAAGCACUUGCACAGGACUGUCUGUGAAGAAACUCUUGCUAUGCUAUUUUCUGAGGACCUCUCAACAUCUUCUGGCUUUGACAGCAGUGCUCCAGCUACUCAAAGCUCAUUGGAAAAGGAAUACAGUUUUAGUGACAGCAGCCAGCAGAGCUUCUCCUCCAUUCUGACUGCUGAGGAUGUCACACACAUGCCGUAUUACAAUUCUUUCCUGCAACUACACCAGCGUGCAGAGCUGCCAGCUGAGCGGGGUGGGGAGCUGUACUUGCAGGCCUCCUUUCCUCCACAGAGUACUGGAUCUGAAAAAAAUUGGUUUGUUGAAGGUCUGUUCCAGUCUUUGGCACUGCAGAAUCCAGACAAUAAUGUCCAGCCUCUCACCAGUUACUCUACAUGGGAAGAGGACUGCAGUUCUGACAAGGAGGUGAAGAGUUGCUGGCACCAAGCAGAGAAAUGCUGCCUGCAGAGGUACUUCAUUGUCUGGUCAGCUCGGACUCAGCAACUUGUAAAGGCCCAGCAGUACUGCAGGCUUGUUCAGCUGUCUCGAGCCUUUUUCAGCUGGCAUCACUGGGCUGUGGAAAAUAAGAACCGAAAAGCAGCAGCAGCCCUAAAACAUCGAGUUCAUUGCUGCCAGCUGGCUUUCAGCCUGUGGAAGAAGAGACUGGCCCAGAAAGUGGAAGCUGACCAGAGAUUCAGGUGCUUAGUUACCUGGGCCCAGGUCACUGCUUGUAGACUGAGGCAGCACGAAGCCCUCUCUUGUUUUAAAAGGGUCAGAGAGCACCAUCUCCUAGUUGUGAGCUUUACUGAGUGGAGGGUGAAAUUCCUGAGAGCUGAACAGAGGGUGCUGGGAGAGAGAAACCAUAAGUGGCAGGGACCAUCUCAGGGUAAAGCCUGUCACCGCUGGCGAUUGGCCUCAAGAGGACAGCAAGCCCUGCGCCUAGGAUCUGUGGCUACCAUAAAACAGGCCUGCAACUACUGGACAAAAGCAGCUGCCUUUUCCCAGUGCUCUCGGCAGUGCAGUAGCCUGAUAGGUGCUAGGAAGAGCAGGAAGAUGUCUCUCUCUUGGUCCAUGAAAGGCAGAAGAGGCAGAGAAAAAGGUUCAGCACCAGCUGCCCCUCUUGGGCUUUUUCCCAGUGCCAUUCACCGCUGGCUGGUGAUUUACAGAAACCAAAACAGGGCUGAAAGGCUGCUGUUCCCUCACCUGGUAGAGAGACCUGGUGUGGUAGGACCCUCUCCUGUACAUGCAAGGAUCCAGGAGAACAAAGUAGAAGUGGACUUGGAGGAGUGGGAUGAGAAGUGGCUUGGGAGGAAGUAUCUGAGGUGGUGGCAUCACAUGGUGAUACUUCGCCAGUGCCAGCAUGACAGGAGACUGCGCUGUCUGGCAGAGGGAUGGCACCAGUGGAAAGAAGCCAGUAGGGUGGUGAUACUGGCUCAGGUGUUGGACCAGCAGCGACUGAUAGAAAAGGCGUGGAGGGUGUGGAGACGACGACAUUUGCAAAGCUGUGUGGUGCAGAAGCUUUUGGAGGAGGAAGCCAGGAACCUACUAUCUCAGGCCUUUGGAAGGUGGCGCCAGCUAACAGCAUUCCAGAUCAAGGACAAAGGAUGCUGCUGAAUGUUGGGGGCCUGCCUGCAGCUGCUGCUCAUUUCAGGACACGUGGAGGAUACAGCUGGCUGUCACAACAAAGAGCUGGUACUGCACAAUCAAGAAAGCGAACACUCUGCUUGCGUGAUAAAAGCAAUGCUGCAGGCCAGAAGCACGAGAGCCAAAGGACAACCAGGAGGAGAUGGUAGCUAGUGAAAGGUCCUCUUUAAGGACUGAUAUCCUACCUCCCUAGAGGCACAAAUUGAGAAGUUACGCCCUUUUGUUGUGAGGUUGCAGUCCCUUCUCCUCUGGACCCUGAUUUUGCUGGAAUUGUGAUUAAAGGUCAAAACCCCACCUUAUAGGCUCUCCCUUUACUCAGUGUUUUUCCUGGACAG